AUGUUCCCCAUACGUAUAUUUUGGAUGACUGUACUUAUUUCUCAGAUUGAAGAAAAGGGGAUUGUUGGAGUAGAGGGUCAACAACUGGUUCGUCCUAAAAAGCUUCCCCUGAUACGGAAGCGGGAUCUUGAGCACACCCAUGACUCUGAUAUGCCGGAGGCAUAUGAAGAAGAAUUGUUGUAUGAAAUAAAAUUGGGCAGAAAAACUUUAAUCCUUCACCUUCUGAAAUCAAGGGAAUUCCUCGCCUCAAAUUACAGUGAGACAUACUACAAUGUAAAGGGAGAGAUGCUCACCAAGCAUCCACCGAUCUUGGAUCACUGUUUUUACCAAGGGUCCAUCAUACAUGAAUUCGAUUCUGCAGCUAGUAUCAGCACUUGCAAUGGUCUGAGGGGCUUCUUCAGAGUGAAUGACCAACGGUACCUCAUUGAACCGGUCAAAUACUCAGAUGACGGAGAACAUUUGGUGUUCAAAUACAACAUUAAGGCACCCUAUGCUACCAAUUACUCCUGUGCAGGGCUCAAUUUUACCAAGAAGUCUGCUCCAGUAGAAGUUAAAAACAUAAAUGAGCACAAACUGCAAGGCUUCCACAAAGAAAAAUUUAUUGAGCUGUUCAUUGUUGUUGACGACUAUGUGUACCACAGGAAUAACAAACCCCAAAACAAGCUAAGGAAACGAAUUUGGGGAAUGGUCAAUUUUGUCAACAUGAUUUAUAAAACCUUGAACAUUCAUGUGGCAUUGGCUGGCCUGGAAAUAUGGUCAGCUGGAGACAAGAUAGAAAUCACGUCAAAUCUAGAAACUGCCUUACUGCAUUUUUCAACUUGGCAAGAAACAGUUCUCAAAAAAAGGAAGGAUUUUGAUCAUGUGAUUUUACUGAGUGGGAAGUGGCUCUACACACCUAUGCAAGGAAUUGCUUACCCAAGAGGAAUGUGCCAAGCCUUGCGUUCCUGCAGCAUUGUUAAGGAUCUUCUACCAGAUGUAAAUAUAAUCGGGAACAGAAUGGCGCAUCAGCUGGGGCAUAGCCUGGGCAUACAACAUGAUGAGUUUCCAUGUACCUGUCCUGUGGGGAAAUGUGUGAUGGGCGGUAGUGGAAGCAUCCCUGCAAUAAAAUUCAGUAAAUGCAGCCAAAGCCAAUACCAACAAUAUCUGAAUGAUCAGAAGCCAGCGUGCAUAUUCAACAAUCCACUGCCUGCUGAUUUUAUUGAGUAUCCAUUCUGCGGGAACAAGAAGGUAGACGAAGGAGAAGAGUGUGACUGUGGAUCAGUUCAGGAAUGCACCAACCCUUGCUGUGAUGCACGCAAAUGUGUCCUGAAGCCGGGAUUCACCUGUGUGGAAGGAGAGUGCUGCAAAUCAUGUCAGAUUAGGAAGGAAGGGACCAUAUGUAGGCCAGCAAAAAAUGAAUGCGACUUUCCUGAAAUGUGUACUGGCCACUCCCCUGAGUGUCCUAAGGACCAGUUCCAGGUCAACGGGUUUCCUUGCAAGAAUGGCGAAGGCUACUGCUUUAUGGGGCAAUGUCCUACUCCGGAUGACCAGUGCUCAGAGUUGUUCGGUGAUGGAGCACAAGAGAGUCAUGGUCUUUGCUACAAGAUAAAUAAAAAAGGAAACAGAUUUGGAUACUGCAAGAAAAAGGGAAACACAUUUGCUCCCUGUGAUGAGAAAGAUCUCAAAUGUGGAAAGCUCUUCUGUGCUGGAGGGCAGCGCUCGUCGCUCCCCGGAGAGAGUAAAGUGUAUAGCCUGACUAAUCAGAAGCAGAAUGUGACCAUCAAAUGCAAGACCAUGUUUUUAAACCACAAUUCUAGAGACAUGGGCCUGGUUAACGCUGGAACCAAAUGUGGGGACGGAAUGGUCUGCAGUUAUGGCGAAUGCGUACAGAUGGAAAAGGCCUACAACUCCAGCAGCUGCCCCUCCCAGUGUGAGGAAAACGCUGUGGAUGACCGCGAACUCGAGUGCCACUGUGAGGAGGGAGCAAUAAUUACAGACUGGGGAGAAACUUUCAACCUUACCAGUGUCUCUAUCAUGGUCAUUGUGCUCGUCAUGGUCAUCAUUGGGGUUGGACUUGUCUUAUUACUAGUCCGCUACCAGAAAUGCAUCAAGAUGAAGCCAGUUCAAAACUCUCCUAGAGAAAUGCGGGGAGUGGAGAAUAAAGGAUACUUUCCCGAGGAGAACCCUACAAGGAGGGACCCAGUCCUGACAGAUAUCCACCCCCUACAUAGUGCUGCAGAGACACUGGAGAGCCUUCCGUCCAGCUUCUCAAGCCCUCACUACAUCACACUGAAAUCUGUCAGCAAGGACUCAAGAGGCAUUGCAGAUCCCAAGCAAAGUGAUGACGUGAACUUGAAACUGGAUAUCCAGAACGGCUGCGCAAGACUGGGAUGAAGAGCCUCCGUGCAGCUCGCCCCAGCCUUGAUGUCCUGCUAAACAGAUCUUGGCUGUUUUUCCAAACAGUCUUUAACCGGCUAGAAAAAUUAUCAAGAGAAACAGUUCCUUUAAUAUUUAGCUACACAAGCACAGAUUGUAAACUCCAGAUUAAUUGUGUAUGCAUUUUCCAAUGGGCUUUAGUUGAAUGUCCAAAUAGGAAGUCUCUCUCCUCUAGUAAUCUGCUACAUGAUGUUAGUCUUGUUGCUUUUCUAAGAACUAAAUUGGACAAUGAUCAUUUCAGAGCCUCACACAGAAGGAACAAACAAGGCUAGUGAUUGAAUGGUUACUUUGUUAAGGUCAUAAGAACGCAUACUUUCAGGCCUGGUGUGUGGCCCAGGCCUAUGAUCCCUGCAGGUUGGGGCAGGAUGAUCUCAGGCUCAGGGUCUAUGUGGGCUGCAAAGAGAGAUCAGGUCAAGACUGGGAGACUUGAUGAGAAUUCUUUAACAAAAGCAUGACAUUUGAAAAUGGACUAGGGGCAUUGGGAAUGAGCUCAAUGGUAUAACAUGGUGGGACACACCCUAGAUUCAACCCCCAGAACUAAAACCAAAACAAACCAAAACAAAACAAAACCCCAGAAAGAUCAAAACAAACAGAGUGCCUAUUUUGAUUUUCAAGAUACAUCAUUGAAAUCUGGUUUAAAUUAGAUUGUCUCCCGUAGACGUGUCAGGGAGGUAAGUGCAGGGUAGUGACUUACACCAGUAGACUAAAAGUGCAGAGAACUACAGAACGUACUCAUGGAUUACAGAAUAGCCAUAACGCAUGGGGCUGCUAGAAACUCUGGUUUCCUAGGUCUGCCUUUCUAGAGUUCUGUAAGCAGUUCUGUAGAUGUCAGAACCUUUUAAAGUUCCCUCCACCUCCUUAUGUGCCUGCUAGACCCCUGAAGCCUCAAGAUACCUGGAUGAGUGCUCAGUGUUCAGUUCCCGUCCUGUGGAUCUCUGCAGGCCUGUGAGUUUGUUGCCUUGUGUGGGGUUCUUUCCUUAUACAGAA